GGCAGUCACUCGGCCUCCCCCAUCCCUCGGUAACGGUCGCUGGUGAGUUUAAAUGAGCCGAGGCUGGCCGGGCCGGAGCCGCUACGGUGGGGGGGUGCCUGAGGCACUGCAGAAAGUGGGCCUGAGCCUCGAGGAUGACGGUGCUGCAGGAACCUGUCCAGGCUGCUAUAUGGCAAGCACUCAACCACUACGCUUACCGAGAUGCAGUUUUCCUUGCAGAACGACUGUACGCAGAAGUACAUUCAGAAGAAGCCUUGUUUUUGCUGGCAACCUGUUAUUACCGCUCAGGAAAGGCAUAUAAAGCAUAUAGACUCUUGAAAGGACAUAGUUGUACCACACCACAAUGUAAAUACCUGCUUGCAAAAUGUUGUGUUGAUCUCAGCAAGCUUGCAGAAGGGGAACAAAUCUUAUCUGGUGGAGUGUUUAAUAAGCAAAAAAGCCAUGACGAUAUUGUUACUGAGUUUGGUGAUUCAGCUUGCUUUACUCUUUCAUUGUUGGGACAUGUAUAUUGCAAGACAGAUCGACUUGCCAAAGGAUCAGAAUGUUACCAAAAGAGCCUUAGUUUAAAUCCUUUCCUCUGGUCUCCCUUUGAAUCAUUGUGUGAAAUAGGUGAAAAGCCAGAUCCUGAGCAAACAUUUAAGCUCACAUCUAUACAGAACUUUAGCAGCUGUCUGCCCAACUCUUGUGCAACACUAGUAUCCAGUCAUGGUUUACCUCACAGACAGCCUGAGACAGUUCUUACAGAGACACCCCAGGACACAAUCGAAUUAAACAGACUGAACUUAGAAUCUUCCAAUUCAAAGUACUCCUUGAAUACAGAUUCCUCAGUGUCUUAUAUUGAUUCAGCUGUAAUUUCACCAGAUACUGUCCCUCUUGGAACCGGUACUUCCAUAUUAUCUAAACAGGUUCAAAAUAAACCAAAAACUGGUCGAAGUUUAUUAGGAGGACCAACAGCUCUUAGCCCAUUAACCCCAAGUUUUGGGAUUUUGCCAUUAGAAACCCCAAGUCCUGGAGAUGGAUCCUAUUUACAAAACUACACUAAUACACCUGUAAUUGACGUGCCACCCACCGGAGCCCCUACAAAAAAGACUUUUUAUGUUUUACAGUCUGUUGCCAGAAUGGGCCAAACUGGAACCAAGUCUGUCUUCUCACAAAGUGGAAAUAGUCGAGAGGUCACUCCAAUUCUUGUUGCACAAACACAAAGUUCUGGCCCACAAACAAGUACAACACCUCAGGUAUUGAGUCCCACUAUUACAUCUCCCCCAAACGCCCUGCCUCGAAGAAGUUCACGCCUUUUUACUAGUGACAGCUCUACAACCAAGGAGAAUAGCAAAAAAUUGAAAAUGAAGUUUCCACCUAAAAUCCCAAACAGAAAAACAAAGAGCAAAACUAAUAAAGGAGGAAUAACUCAACCUAAUAUAAAUGAUAGCUUGGAAAUUACAAAACUGGAUUCUUCCAUUAUUUCAGAAGGGAAAAUGUCCACAAUCACACCUCAAAUCCAGGCUUUUAACCUACAAAAAGCAGCAGCAGAAGGUUUGAUGAGCCUUCUUCGUGAAAUGGGGAAAGGUUAUUUAGCUUUGUGUUCAUACAACUGCAAAGAAGCUAUAAAUAUCCUGAGCCACCUUCCUUCUCACCACUACAAUACUGGUUGGGUAUUGUGCCAAAUUGGAAGGGCUUAUUUUGAACUUUCAGAAUACAUGCAAGCUGAAAGAAUAUUCUCAGAAGUUAGGAGGAUUGAGAAUUACAGAGUUGAAGGUAUGGAGAUAUACUCUACAACACUUUGGCACCUUCAGAAAGAUGUUGCUCUUUCUGUUCUUUCAAAAGAUUUAACAGACAUGGAUAAAAAUUCACCAGAGGCAUGGUGUGCUGCAGGGAAUUGUUUCAGUCUGCAACGUGAACAUGAUAUUGCAAUUAAAUUCUUCCAGAGAGCUAUUCAGGUUGAUCCCAAUUAUGCUUAUGCCUAUACUCUGUUAGGGCAUGAGUUUGUGUUAACUGAAGAACUAGACAAAGCAUUAGCAUGUUUUCGAAAUGCUAUCAGAGUAAAUCCUAGACAUUAUAAUGCAUGGUAUGGCUUAGGAAUGAUAUAUUACAAGCAAGAAAAAUUCAGCCUUGCAGAAAUGCAUUUCCAAAAAGCACUUGAUAUCAACCCUCAAAGUUCAGUUUUACUUUGCCACAUUGGAGUUGUUCAGCAUGCACUCAAAAAAUCUGAGAAGGCUUUGGAUACCCUAAACAAAGCCAUUGUUAUUGAUCCCAAGAAUCCUCUAUGCAAAUUUCACAGAGCCUCAGUUUUAUUUGCGAAUGAAAAAUACAAGUCUGCUUUACAAGAACUUGAAGAAUUGAAACAAAUUGUUCCCAAAGAAUCGCUUGUUUACUUCUUAAUAGGAAAGGUUUACAAGAAGUUAGGUCAGACGCAUCUUGCCCUGAUGAAUUUCUCUUGGGCUAUGGAUUUAGAUCCUAAAGGAGCCAAUAAUCAAAUUAAAGAGGCAAUUGAUAAGCGCUAUCUUCCAGAUGAUGAGGAGCCAAUAACCCAAGAAGAACAAAUCAUGGGAACAGAUGAAUCCCAGGAGAGCAGCAUGACAGACGCAGACGACACACAACUUCAUGCAGCGGAAAGUGAUGAAUUUUAACCUCUGGAAGUGACAUUUCUGCAGCGGGACGUGUGACUAGCGCUGACACAUUUCUUGUCCCUCCGCAUACUGAGUCUUCACUCUGGAGCCGGCCGAGUCAUUCUUCACUGACACCUGAGCGGGCCGCUUUCCCUGGACGCUGACUACACAGAACGAAAGUGAAAGGCAGUGCAAUAUUUAGCUGCUACCAAGACUGGCUCUUUUACCAGUAUGAAUGACAAUUUGGGGGGUAGGGUGGGGAACUUUAUUUUCUUUUUUUCUUUACUCUCUCUUAGUUGGAAAGCUAUCAUAGAUGGAAGAGUUGUGUUUCUGAUCUUGAAGGAACCAUUAGAUACAGAAAUAGUGAUGAACCAGAAUUUCUUGGUCAUUUUUCCAAAUUCUGUUUUUCAUUUGGUUCUGUUACUGAUAAACAGAGUGACUGACCUUCAUUUCUAGGUUCUUCAAGAAUGGUGUUAGCAAGUGCCAGAUGGAACAAUAAAAGACAUUGCCUAUAACAGUAACUUCAUUGCCAAGGAUUGUAACUUACCUUAAACUUGCAGUGUCUCCUAUAAACAAAUGUAAUAGGCCUAUUGGGACUCGUAUGUAGGAAUCAAAUAUGCCUUCAUGGAGUGUACACUUAUUCUUGGCAAGAAUGCCUCAAUGUCUAACCAAGAAUUUUAAUUUAUUCAUCUUGCUUCAAAGUGUUGAUCAUUGUUGUCUUGGUAUUACAAACUUUAAAUUGUUCUUUACCAUAUUGCCUCUUCUUUUUAAGCUCUGUGGGAUCACCUUUAACAUUCAAAGAUGCUAGAGUGGUUCCCCACUGAAAAGCCAAAACCAGGCCCUUAACCACUUAAAUUCACCAUGAGAAUCAGUAUGAGAACACUAAAGAGAGACUUCAAGAGAUCAUGAUAGAGAAAGCCUUAAUACAAUUGGAAUUGUACCAUAACCUUGAGUCUACAUGUUUUUUCAAGAUAUUAUCCCAUUUCUAAAUAUAUAAAUAGAAUGUAAGAAUGUGUGUUCACCUUUUGAGGUCAUUCUUUUUAGCACUCUGCUUCAUAUUUUCAACAGUGGAAGUUAACAAAAAUUGUACUGAGAGUGUGUGGGUUCAAGAUACAGGAAACUUUCAUCCUGGGGAUAAAUUUCUUAUAAAGUAGACAAGUUCUCGACUGAGGUCAUCAUAAUAUGGAUUCGUGUCUUGGAGAAUGGCCACAAUUUUAGAGAUCUAAUUAUGCAUAUAAAAUGGGAAUUAUUGGAAUUUCACAUUGACAAAUUUAAAGUCUUAAAUUGUGUAUCUCCUUUAUUGUAAUGUUUUGAGAAUUAUAGGAAAACUUCAGUUGUUAACAUUUUAUUAAGUGCCAAUGUCAGAAUAUAACAAAUUAUAGUUUCUUACAAAUGACAGGCUUACAGUUAUUAUUUUGGAUCAUUUGAUGAAGGACAAACUUAUCUACUGGUUUCUUGUAUUUGUUAGUCAAGCUGUGAAAAUAAGGUGGAUUACAAAAGUUAUGAAAAAAAUCUUAGCUUGUAGACUCAGUAAUUUUUUGGGGGGGGCCUAUUACUGUUAAUCUUCUCAUUUCCACGUGGGUUAGAUACCAUUAUAAAUUUGAGUCAAAGUCUUGGGUUAGGUAUUAGGUGCCAGAGAGGCAUUUAAGAUAAUUUCCUACCUAAAAAAGUAUAAAGAAAACUUGGGAAUAAGUGAUUAUCAUUUAAAUUCCCAGAGGCUAGCACUUCGAUUCUAACAAAUAUUCCAUUUUAUUAUCCAUUAGUUCUGUAAUGUUUAAUUUUAUAUUCUUUUAUUUUUUUAAUUGGCAAAUCAUAAGCCAGCUAUAAAUAUAUAUAUAUAUAUAAAUGGUAUCAGAUCUAGAGUUUCAUAGAAAGCUUUACCCUAAGUUGUAUGUUACAGAGCCUGGAGAAAGCUAAGCUCAGAACGUAAGCUGCUGAAGUGUAAUUAUCUUUUGUAGUAGGAAUUUAUGUCCUGUGCCAGAGAUACUUUCUGGUACUGAUUUUGAGACAGGAUAGAAGGGUGAUUUGGAAGGCACACUAUGGCAGGAGCCGGCUGAGGGACACUUUCAGCACACACUUGGCCUGCUUUCAUUUUUCUUCGUACCUGCUUUUAAAGUCGUGUAGGGAUUUGAAGCCUUACUUCUCACAUAGUUACUGUUUCUUGCUUUAUCUUUUUUCUUUCUUUUUUUUAUUUUUUUUAUUUUUUUUUUUUCACAGAAUGGGGAUCAAAAAGCCAGAAGAAGAAACACAUUUUGGUCAAACAGAAUGUUCAUUUUAAAUUACAGAAGUUGCUUUGAAGGAAAUUCAGAAUACUAAGUGCUUUGCCAUCCUUUUUGUGCUGUUUAAACUUUUUAUACCUACACAUAUAUAUACAUAUAUACACGUACACACAAACGUUAGGUUGUAGCAUUGGAUUUCUUUUUCCCCAUGGAAAUGGUUAUUACUCUAGGAUUUUAAAAAUUGGAAUAUUUUUUUCAGGAGAACAAAUGGUACUGAAGGUAAUGAAAGGUGGUCCCUACUUUUUCUGUAUUUCAUUACUUUACAUUUUUUAUUUUAUCCAAGAACUGCAAGUAACAUUUGAACCAUGCUGCUGUUGUACCUUAAACAAAAACUCAGUGAUAACCAGUAUUUAGUCUAUUAAAAACACUCUUUUUGAAGAAAACAGUUUCAGAGUCUCUGAUUAGCCAGAGUAUAGUAAGGGUCUUCACUGAGAAAUACGAUGUCCCAUUUUCUUUGUGAAAACCUGGAAAAAAUGCAAGUGUGGGUGUGAUGUGUGUGUUCUGUUUGCAUUGAAACAAUGUAAUUUUGUGUCUUUGCAUUUCCUGACUUAUUUCAGAAAUUGUACAGUCUUUGGGGGGGAAAGUCUUUUCUGUUAAUAUAUUUACAGUUCAUUAAAGGAUAUGGAAAAUCCAAAUAAAUUACUUUUGAAAGCAAUUUAUAAUCAA